GUCCCAAGCGCGUCUCUUAUCAAAGAAACACACCAACUGCAUUGAAUCAUAUCAUCAUCAUGGGGACUGUUUGUUUUUCAUGGCACUUGUGUUUGUUUUUCGCUCUCUUAUUUACUGGCAGGUUUGCGGGAGGCAAUGGGGUCCCAGAUGCUGAUGAAUGUACCGAAGGGACAGAUGACUGCCACAUUGAUGCAAUAUGUCAAAAUACACCUAAAUCCUACAAAUGCAUCUGUAAACCGGGUUAUAAAGGAGAAGGGAAACAAUGUGAAGAUAUUGACGAGUGUGAAAAUGACUUCUACAAUGGGGGUUGUGUCCAUGAGUGCAUCAACAUUCCAGGCAACUACAGGUGCACGUGCUAUGAUGGGUUCAUGUUGGCCCAUGACGGUCACAACUGUCUUGAUGUUGAUGAGUGUCUGGAUAACAAUGGAGGAUGCCAACAGAUUUGUGUGAACACAAUGGGCAGCUAUGAGUGUCAAUGCAAGGAGGGUUUUUUCCUCAGUGAUAACCAGCACACCUGUAUUCACCGCUCCAAUGAGGGUAUGAACUGUAUGAACAAAGAUCACGGGUGUGCACAUAUCUGCCGGGAGACGCCCAAAGGUGGGGUUGCCUGUGAAUGUAGGCCUGGCUUUGAGCUUGCCAAAAACCAGAAGGACUGCAAAUUAACCUGUAACUAUGGAAAUGGAGGCUGCCAACACACCUGUGAUGACACAGAUACUGGUCCUGUGUGUGGUUGUCAUCAGAAGUAUGCCCUGCACUCAGAUGGCCGAACAUGCAUCGAGAAGGAUGAGGCUGCAAUUGAGAGUUCUGAGUACAAUGCCACGUCAGUAGCUGAUGUGGACAAGAGGGUGAAACGGCGGCUACUUAUGGGACAACAUCUUGAUAUGCAGGACCCAUGUAUAUUCCUUAACAUAACUGGAGAAACCUGUGCUGUCAAUAAUGGAGGCUGUGAUCGUACUUGCAAGGAUACAGCGACAGGGGUACGUUGCAGUUGCCCAGUUGGAUUUACCCUGCAGCCUGAUGGGAAAACAUGCAAAGACAUUGAUGAGUGUUUGGUAAACAAUGGUGGCUGUGACCAUUUCUGCCGAAAUACUGUUGGUAGCUUUGAAUGCAGCUGCCAGAAGGGCUAUAAACUACUAACAGAUGAACGAACCUGCCAAGAUAUAGAUGAGUGCUCAUUCGAAAGGACUUGUGACCAUACCUGCAUCAACUACCCAGGAAGUUUUGAAUGUCUCUGUCACAAAGGCUACACCUUAUACGGCAUGACACACUGUGGAGAUGUUGAUGAGUGUAGCAUCAACAACGGUAGCUGCGACCAUGGGUGCAUUAAUACAAUGGGGAGCUAUGAGUGUGUCUGUCCACCUGGAAAGAAGCUUCACUGGAAUAAAAAGGACUGUGUUGAGAUGGUGAAAUGCCUCCCAAAUGCCAAACCAGCUCCUAAGGCUCAACUUGUCUGUAGUAAAUCAGGAGGAAUAGAGAGCUGCUUUUUGUCAUGCUCUUCCAAUACACUUUUUGUUCCAGAUUCAGAGAAUAGUUACACACUGAGCUGUGGAGUUCCAGUCCAGCAAGGCAAAGCCCAACAGAAACGCAACACAACGCUUCCCAAUUGUGCAGAUUCAUUAGCCCCACCGAUCAAGCAGAAAGCUCGCUUUAAAAUUAAAGAUGCAAAGUGCCAUUUACGGCCUCGCAGCAAAGAAAAGAUUAAAGACAUUGGGAAGCAAGCUAUUAUAGUGUUUGAAAAGAGCUUCCACAUCCUUAGACAUAACAACUGCCAAGUGACCUUUGUGAACCUCAAGUGUGAUUCCUCCAAGAAAAAACGUCGGGGCCGCAAGUCACCAUCAAAAGAAGUGUCCCAUAUCACUGCCGAAUUCGAAGUGGAGAUGAAGUCUGAGGAAGUCUCAGACACCUGUAACCUUGACUGUGUGCGGAAAAGGAUGGAGCAGAAGCUGCAAACUGCAAUCAAAACAUUGAGAAAAUCUAUUAACAAACAGCAAUUUUACAUUCAGUUUUCUGGGACAGAGUACGAAGUGGCUCAUAAGCCAGCUAAGGCUACUGAAGGACAUGAGGCAUGCAGUACAGGGCAAGUGCUGCAGGAUGGAAAAUGUGUUACCUGCAGCAUGGGAACCUAUUAUAGUGGAGAACAUAAUCAGUGCCUUCCUUGCUCACCAGGAACAUACCAAGACACAGAAGGUCAACUUACUUGUGAACCUUGCCCAAGUAACGACGGACAGGGAAUAGCAGGCGCACGGAAUGUGUCAGAAUGUGGAGGGCAGUGUUCUCCUGGGUAUUUCUCUUCAGACGGCUUUAAACCUUGUAGUAUGUGCUCUCUUGGUACAUAUCAACCUGAGCCAGGCAGGACUCUUUGUUUUCCAUGUGGCGGUGGGCUGGUGACAAAAUAUGAAGGCGCUGUUUCAUUUCAGGACUGUGAAACAAAAGUUCAUUGUUCUCCUGGCCACUACUACAAUUCUACAACACACAGAUGUAUCAGAUGUCCUGUUGGAACCUACCAGCCUGAAUUUGGUCAAAAUUACUGCAUUAGCUGCCCUGGGAAUACAAGUACAGAUUUUGAUGGCUCUACUAAUGUUACACACUGUAAAAACCAGCACUGUGGAGGGGAACUUGGAGAUUAUACAGGCUAUAUUGAGUCUCCCAAUUAUCCUGGUGAUUACCCAGCUAAUGUUGAAUGCAUUUGGAAUAUAAAUCCACCCCCAAAGAGACGAAUACUCAUUGUGGUUCCUGAGAUAUUUCUUCCAAUUGAAGAUGAGUGUGGUGAUGUUUUAGUAAUGAGAAAAAGUGCCUCCCCUACGUCAAUUACCACAUAUGAAACAUGUCAGACGUAUGAGAGACCAAUAGCAUUUACCUCCAGAUCACGAAAGCUAUGGAUUCAGUUCAAAUCAAAUGAGGGAAACAGUGGCAAAGGAUUUCAAGUCCCAUAUGUGACAUACGAUGAGGAUUACCAACAGCUGAUAGAAGACAUAGUUCGAGAUGGACGACUAUAUGCAUCAGAAAAUCAUCAAGAAAUUCUAAAAGACAAGAAAUUGAUCAAAGCUCUCUUUGAUGUAUUGGCACAUCCUCAAAACUAUUUCAAGUACACAGCACAAGAGUCAAAGGAGAUGUUUCCACGAUCAUUUAUAAAGCUACUGCGAUCAAAAGUUUCCAGAUUUCUACGACCAUACAAAUAGCUUCCUAGUGAUAUUCAAUUUGGGGUUAUUUUGCAUUCCUGUCAAAUAUUGUAUUUUACUCCACAGUAGAAACAUUUGCUAAUUGGAAGGCUAUUUUUUGCAGUCUUUAUUUUCAAUUAUAUAUUGAAGAAUAACUAUAAUGUUUUAUAAUUAUUAAAAGCCAAUAUUCUGAAUGGGAUUUUUACUUCAAAGAAGAAUACUUGUGGAUCCUUGAGUGCAUCCAAUUGAAGAUCCAAAUUUGUGUCUGCACUAGUGUGUCUUCAUGUUUCAUUUGAAAAUGUUUGUUUUAGAAAGUAUAUUUUCUAAGCCUUUUUAUUUUCUAGCAAAAAUAGUUUUCUUCUAAGCAAAGAAGAAACCUAUUCAACCUGGUUAAACUGUUUUGUGAUAGAAAGGAGUAUGUAGCAUAAAUACUAUUUGGAUUUUGAAUUGCACUUGAACUUUAUAUUUGAAAUUUUAGAAGAGAACAAAAAAAAAUCUAAAUUUUGUUAUUUCCCAUUUGUGGUUUUGUGGAGACUUUGUUCUAAUAUAAACCAAAAAAAAAAGGGGAAAAAAAGGAAGAAAAAAAAAGGAAAUGGAUGUAUAAUUUUGUUUUAUGGAUUA